GCCACUUCAUCCACUGUACCACCUAGCUGCUUCAAAACACUAUGGAAGGCACCUCACACAUUCUGAUGAGCUUUUCUCAGCAACAGAAGUUAUAGACAUUCACUUGGAAAAUUUGACAAUAAUCAGAGGAUUAAUUUUCCCUUAUGCUCUUGUUAUGACUUCUCAUGAAAAUUUCCAGACAAGAUCCGGGAUGCCCAGCAAACCUCUCCUCUCUAUACUGCCGGUUACCACAGCAGAGAUGGAACCAAAUGGCAGCUUCAGGGGCACCCAGGAGAACUGCAUGGUGGAUGACUUCAAGAGAAACUUUUAUCCUGGAGUCUACCUGGUCGUAUUUGUCCUGGGGGCCCUGGGCAAUGGCUUUUCCAUAUUCAUUUUCCUGCAACCUUCUAAAAAGCCCAAGUCGGUGAACGUGUUCAUGCUGAACUUGGCUGUUUCGGACUUGCUCUUUGUGUGCACGCUGCCCUUCAGGGCGGACUAUUACCUGCGGGGCUCUCACUGGGUGUUUGGCGAAACAGCGUGCAGGAUCAUGUCCUAUUCCUUCCACGCCAACAUGUAUGUCAGCGUUUACUUCCUGACCGUCCUGAGCAUCGUCCGUUUCCUGGCCACCGUGUGUCCCUUCAGGCUCCUGCAUGUGACCAGCCUCAGGACGGCCUGGAGCCUAUGUGCGGCCAUCUGGGUCCUGGUCCUGGCCCCCUCAGGCCUGCUUCUGAGCAGCGGAACCUCCAAGAACGGAAAGAGGGCCAGCUGCUUGGAGAUGAACCUUAGCAAGAUCACCAGGCUGCGGAUCCUGAACCACGUGGUGAUGGUGGUGGGCUUCGCCCUGCCUUUCUGCACUCUGACCAUCUGCUAUCUGCUGAUGAUCAAGAGUUUGCUCCGGCUCAAGGUUCCCAAGUCUAACGCCCGAAUCUCUCACAAGAAGGCGCUGAUCACGGUCACCAUCGCCCUGAUUCUCUUUGUGCUGUGUUUCCUGCCCUAUCACAUCCUCAGGACUCUCUACCUAAUUCAGUGGAGGGAGGGCAGGUGCAACGAACAGCUGCACAAGGCUGUCAUCGUCACCAUGGCCAUGGCCGUGGCUAAUAGUUGCCUUAACCCUUUGCUUUACUAUUUUGCCGGAGAGAAUUUUAAACAGAGGCUAAGAGCGGUAUUCAAAAAGGGAUGUAUGCAGAAAGAAAUGCACCAGUCCUGUUUGUACAUGGCCAAACAAACGAUGCACGAGUAAGAGAUGUUUUUAGAGAGCAUUUUCCCUAUCUUUAUCAUUCUGUACACAUUUCCCAUACAACCUUGCAUUUAUGCCGUUACACUGACAACAAAAAACCAUGCAUGUUAACUAUGAUUUAUUUUUCAUAGCAUUUAAAAACAUUUCCUACAGACACGCUUCAAGUGAUCAAAUAUGAAAGGGUAAAUUGGCAGAAAUAGUUCAGGGGAAAGAUAUGUUUACCUGGGGUAAAAAUGGUCGGUGAAAGGUAAUUUUUUUUUCUUUCCCCUUUGAUAAAAAGGAAACCUCAUUGGAGAGGAAAUAAGGAAUAGUAUGCCUACAAAUGACAUCAAAAAUUUUUCUUAAAAAAGUAGUUGUAGGAGGAAUGGGAUACAAUAUUGAUGUGGAUACAGUCAUGCUAGUAGAAGUGGUUCAGUUCUCUUGAAUGUGAGCCUUGGGAGACUGGCACCAUAAUAAUGGAACUCUGAAGACCACAGCCACAGGAUGACCUGCAGAGGAUAGUUAGGUGAAAUGUUGGGAAAGAAGUGGAUCUACCUCCUAAAAAAUGGGGAAGAGGAUUGCCAACUUUUAGAUGUAGUACCCUGGGACUGUCUUAUAGAAAAUUGUAGUUGAAAUGAGGAAGAAUUGAAAUCUAAUCUUGUUUCAGAACCUCAGUAGCUCUGUGACCUUGGACAAGAAUCUCAAGCCCUCUCAGUCUGAAUUUCUCCAUCUGUAAAAUAAAGGAUUAAUAAUAGCACUUACCUCGUAGUCUAUUUUGAGGAUCAAACUAAGAAGUUAACAAGCAUUCAUUUGACAAGUUAACAAGCAUUUGUUAAGUGCUGAUAAUUAGGGAUAAGAAGUGAGUUCUGAGGACAGCUAGAUGACACAGUAGGUAGGGCUCUGGGCUUGGAGUCAGGAAGGCCUGAAUUAAAAUCCAGCCUCA